UCAAGUCUCCUCCAAAACACGCUAUCCCUUGCCUUUGGCAUCACCCCCAACAAUAGUAUCUGAAUCACAACUAUGUCGUGCAUUUGGCAGUUACACGCCCCACCUUUCCUCAACCAAGCCAACCCUUUGCCCUCAUAACAAUCCUCCUUUCCCAUCUAUUCAUAUAAAGUAGGGUUGGACUAAGUCUCUCCUCCUCGUCUCUGGACUUAUACGUAGCUGGAGAUAAAUAAAAGCACGUAUGUUUUCGACAAUGCGGAUGCUCUCUGAGGUGUUAGUACUGAUGUUCUUAGCCAUGUUCUCUAAGGCUAGCGGCAGCGGCGGUGGUAUCGGCCAAACGAAUAAACCGCCGUGUUCAAGGGGUAGCCAAGUGAGCUACUGCUUGAGCUGGAGGGUUGCGGUGGAGGCGAACAAUGUGCUUCCUUGGCCAACGGUCCCUCCUCAGUGCAUGAGCUACGUAGAAAAUUACAUGCUUGGUGGGCAGUAUGAAAGGGACCUGGACGUGAUUAUGGAGCAGAACUCCACCUACCUUGAUGGUAUAGUGCUGUCUCACGACGGCAUGGAUGCUUGGAUCCUUGAUAUUGAUGAUACUUGCCUUUCCAAUCUCCCUUACUACAGAGACAACAAGCGCUUUGGGAGUGAAGCUUACAAGGGGAAAAGCUCAGUGGUGUUCAAGUCAGAAGUUCGUAAGGAAAUAGAGGGAAAAGGUUACAGGAUUUGGGGAAACCUUGGAGAUCAGUGGAGCGACCUCUUAGGGGAUUGUAUUGGCUCGCGCACUUUUAAGCUUCCUAAUCCCAUGUAUUUCGUUCCCUAACAAAUGUUGCAACAAAGGAAAUAUUAUAAUCUUACAGGGAUUCCAAUGUUUAAUUAGAUGCAAAA